UUGUUGGAAAGAUACACAAAUUCGUCUUUUGGCAUACAACUGGUUCAGUUCAUGCCAAACAAAUGUUUAUUAUCUGAAUUUGAGCUGACAUAUUGUGUUAUUUUUGUAGUUCGAAGAUUGGCCAACACAAUUCAUUUUAUCAGUCCUGCCUAUGCUUGAUGUCAACUGCAAGAGAUGUUGUUUAGUGUUGAGGAGGCUGGUUAGCUUUGGAUCAUAAAUUCUCACCAGAAACAACACAGUUAUGGACCGUGCAGACACCUCAGGGUUUGUCAGUGGUGGUUGCUUUGGUACUACGCUCCUGCUGAUUUUCUUCCAUUUUGUCUAUUCGACCAUCAGUGUCUGAAAGAUUAUCCAGCCCCUGUUUCUUCAGCUCCCCAGUAAUCCUGAUAUUAUUUGCUCUGACCCAGCUGUCAUAGUGUUAAGCUGUGAUGGAUAACAGCUUUGUGGAUACCACAAACCAACCUCUGAUGAAUGACCCCUUUGUCUUAAUGGCACAAUCAGCUCCAAGCUACGCCCUGAAAAACCUGACCAAAAGCGCAGUUCGCAUGGAUUGCGUCGGCUCAGCAAUGGCUAAUUGUGGCCAUGGUGAUGAAAGUACACAAAGCAUGAAUAACAUCACAACGAGAGAUGAUGGUUGCAAGCUUGUUCUAGGGUUGGGUCCAACACCUGAUUUUUACUCGACACAUUAUCAGCCCACUGGUGUAUAUAAGUCAAAAGAAUCUCAGACUUUGUCUGGCCAGAGUUUCUCUUUCACUGACCCAGGGGUGCUGAGGCUUGGCCUGCAGACAGAUGGUGCAGAAACAAUUCAGCCUCUGCAAACACCAAAUGAAACAGUUCAUUCUUUUGCUGUUGUUGACGAGGCUUCAACAUCUGCUGCUGUAAGGAGCAUGGGUGGCUACAUGCCAUCGCUACUCUUUGCUCCCCGCUCCAGUUCUUCUGCUGCCAAUGAGACACAAUUACAAAGCAGAGAUUCACUAAACUCCACACACUACAACAGCAAUAAUACUCAGCAUAUUCAACAUCUUCAGCUCAGCCCUGAACCUUCUGCUACGACAGAGACUUCGUUUGGUGUGAGCUCUGAUGUGGUCACUGGAGCAACCACAUCAGAACAACGGAGUCAUCCCCGUCAUCCUAAGAAGUGCAGGUUCAAGGGGUGCUCCAAAGGUGGCAGAGGCUCAUCAGGGCUGUGUAUUGCUCAUGGAGGCGGGCAAAGAUGCCAUAAGCCUGGGUGCCAUAAAGGAGCUGAGAGCAGCACUGCGUAUUGCAAGGCCCAUGGCGGAGGACGGCGGUGUGAGGAGCUUGGUUGCACCAAGAGUGCCGAGGGAAAGACAGAUUAUUGUAUUGCUCAUGGUGGAGGCCGCCGUUGUGAAUAUCCUGAUUGUCCUAAAGCUGCACGAGGUAAGUCUGGACGGUGCAUAAAGCAUGGUGGUGGGAAGAGGUGUGCAAUGGAAGGUUGCAUUCGGAGUGCUGAGGGGAAGGCUGGACUCUGCAUUUCUCAUGGUGGUGGACGCCGGUGCCAGUAUCCGGACUGUGCCAAGGGGGCUCAGGGCAGUACAUUAUACUGCAAAGCGCAUGGUGGCGGCAAGAGGUGCGUCUUCGAUGGGUGCAGCAGAGGUGCAGAGGGGAGCACACCUCUGUGCAAAGCUCAUGGUGGUGGGAAGAGAUGCAUGUUCGAAGGAGGUGGUGUCUGCCCAAAGAGUGUACAUGGGGGGACUGAAUUCUGUGUGGCACAUGGAGGUGGGAAGCGCUGUGCAGCGCCUGGCUGCACCAAGAGUGCCCGUGGCCGCACUGACUGUUGUGUGAAGCACGGUGGUGGUAAGCGUUGCAGGAUUGACAAUUGUGGUAAGAGUGCUCAAGGUAGUACAGACUUCUGCAAAGCCCAUGGUGGAGGCAAACGUUGCACAUGGGGAUCCGGUUGUGAGAAGUUCGCCCGUGGCAAGAGUGGCCUGUGUGCCGCACAUGGAACCUUGGUGGCCAGGCAGCAAGAACAUGGAAUGGUGAAGAGUGGAGGGAGCAUGAUCGGACCAGGCCUCUUCAGUGGCAUUGUGGCAUCAUCAACCACCGCUGCAAGUAGCAUGACAAAUGAGCACUCCUCAUCAGGCAUCAGCACAGCAUCAGAUAGUGACGGCACAGUGAGGAGCCAAGCGAUGAUACCUCCGCAGCUGCUUGUGCCUCGCUCCAUGAUGCCCUCGUCAUCGUCGGAGCCUACUGUGCAUGGGGGCAGAGAAGCAGGCUGUCCUGUUCCUGAGGGAAGGGUGCACGGUGGCGGCCUACUGUCACUCCUCGGUGGCAGCUUCAGGAACGCCAAUAUAGAUAAGCUCUGAAGUGUUUUCUCCGCCUGCAAAUUAUGUCAGUUUGGUUGUACAUAAAAGGCACCGUGUUGCAUAUUGAAUUUUAUGCUUCUUCUCUUUGCUUGAUAAACAUUUCAUGGAUGUUUAGUCAGUCCAUUGUACAUGUUGUCCGGCAAUUCUUCUGAUCUGCAUUCAACAUGCCGGUCCAGUCAGUCGUAGUUACUGCCAAUAAGCCGUGUGUAUUUGAUAUACUGUUUCUUAUUUGCUUGUGGAUUAUUACUCCUAAGAAA